AGGCGCCGUCGACAUGGUCAUCGUCAUCGCUGCGGAAGAAAAGCAUGGACGCCAUGGGUCAACGCAGUUUUACUUUCGGAAUCUGCAUACACGUUGUUCUUUCAUUUCUUGCGUACUAUUCGGAAUGUUCCACGCACUGGGUGGUCACUGAAGAUGGCAAGAUACAGCCUCAGAUCGACAGUGUGUUCUCCCUGCGGCGGCCUUACGACCUUCUGGGCCUGCUGGCACAAGAAGAGCGUGCCGUGCAGGUAGAAGAGUUCAAGCAGCAACUGCUGCAGCGAAAGCAGGAGAUCGAUUGGUGUGAGGACCAGGCAUCUGACGUUGAGCAGCGGCUGUACUCUACUGACAAGGACUGUCUGUUGGCUGGGCAACCCCUCACUGACUUCGACCUAUAUGUCAGCACAGUGGUACCCUUCGAUCAUAAGAUACAGAGUCACUGGGAAAAAAUAGACCAGCGGGCUGCCCGUGGCGACCUUCCAAAGCCUAACUGUUCUCGUGCACUGGACUUGGACUUCAGCAUGCAUGCCUUUGAGCAUCUUACCGGGGUUCGAGAGAGAAAAAACUUGACCAUGACACCAGAGGCUGGGCUGCAUCGGGCUGUCUCAGCAAUUGAAGGGACAGAGCAGUUCGGCUACGAGGUGUACAAGGCCAUGGCUAAGAACAACACGUCCUGGGUGAUCUUCAACUUGGCGGCUUACUAUUGGAGGGAACAGGGUGACGCUGCCAGUGCCAUUGAGUGUGUACGCAGGGCACUCCACUUUUCUCCCAGGGAGCACAAGGAUGUGGCCUUGAUCAGCUUGGGAAAUGUCCUGCACCGGGCCCACCUGUCUGAGGAAGCUGCUAUUGUGGUUCACGCUGCCGUGGACACGGCUCCCGACAAUGCCAUUUGUCACUUCACACUUGGCAAUAUCUAUGCUGUCUUGGCAGACUACAACAAGAGCAUCGUCUGCUUUGAAAACACCCUUAAAGUGCAGCCUGACUUCCAGAAUGCUCGUCAGCGUCUCCAUGCUGUUCACUGCCACAGCAAGCUGGAGGGCGCUUUGGAAGCUCAGCACACGUCUCUGCAGCGUACUCUUGGUCAGCUGCGGGAGUAUCAGGAACAGCGGGAGCGUUGGCUCUACCAGAAUGCCAAACUACUGAGCGAGCAGGCACCGCCUGAGAUGCGCUUGGAGCAGCACCUCGAGUAUGAGGAGCACAAGAUCCGGCAGAGCCUCGAUGGAAAAGGGCAUGACUGCUUCCAGUUUGAACAAAACGGCCACAUGGUGCUGAGCUGCAACAUGCGUCGGGACCCGUACCAGCUGAACAGCCUGCUGGACUUGAGCCUUAACGUGCAGUUCGUGCAGGCCGUGGAGUCGCGUGUCAGCCAGCUGAGCCAGAAGACUGGUGCUCGUGGUGGCGGCAGUCGCUCCUCGUCCACCUCCUCUCCCAGCCAACCGCCUCCUCCCCCACAGUCUGAGGAGGAAUGCCAGAACGUCUGAGGUUUGCCAGAAGAGAACCGAAGUCGCUGAACAAAUAUUUAAAAAAAGAAAUGCCUCCUAUGUGUUCACUUCACGCACACUACUGCAGAAGAUAGAAGUCUAGUCUCAACGUCUGCAAGUUAAUUAAUGCACAAUGCGUUGCGCACAGUGUUCCUUGAUAUACAGUUACCAAGCAAUGCUUGCAGCUUUUUUCGCACAAGUUGUGCAAGGCCUAGAAAAGAAUGGCCAGCAGGAGCAACUUUCUGCAGCAUUGCUGUUUGAGUGCCAUUACUGUUCAUGCAUACUAUUGCAGAAGUGUCUGCAAUUAGCUACUAAUUGCUGUUGCCAUUGUUUGGAGUCCACAUAUGACUGAUGUACAUAUACUGUUCCCCCUAAUAAAAAGAAUGCACAAUUUUAAGCC